AGAGGAUAUUAUCCAAUCCAAGCCUAAAAGUAAUAAUCAUUAGAGAAAAGAGAAGAUGAGGCCAAGCAGAGAGAAGGCCAGAAGGCGAAACCGUCCAUCCUCUCCGCCCACACCCUCUAGAACAACAAUCACCACCACCACUUCCUUCCCCGCGGAACCGGAUACAUCCCCACCUAAGUCUCGCCAAUCUUCUUCGGCCUCCUUCCUCGACCGCGCGCUCGUGACUGAACAAGAUACUGUUACUCUGUUUGAAGACCUCCAAAUUUCCAAAGAUUACACGAAUUCAAGCCCUGAGCCGAGGAGCUUUCCGUACAGCGUAAAACAGCAAUGCUGGGAGAAGGCGGAGAAGGUCAAGGGCCGAGACCCGGACCGGUGGCGCCGUGACCCGAUUGGUAACAUUGUGUUUAGAAAGCUUGUGGGUUGUCCCGGUUGCUUGUGUCAUGAUUAUGACCAUAUAGUGCCUUACUCCAAGGGGGGUAAAAGCACGCUGGAGAAUUGUCAGGUUUUACAGGCAACCGUCAACCGAUCAAAGGGAAACCGAACGGAGCUAUCUAGAGCUGAACUCAUUCAAAGAAGUUCCUAUUGCCGCGUUUCAGGACGUGACAUGGAUCUUAUUGAAUUGUCUGCCUAUGGCAAUGUAAGGCGUAUACAGGAUUCACAAGGUUGUAGAAUUCAAUGACCAAAUUGGAUAGUUAAUUCUCAGACUGACUUCAAGAUGGAGCAAAAGAAUUUGUACCUCUCAUCAUACAAUUAAACGCUGUGUAUCAAACUGCAUAGAUCUUAUUCGAUGGUCUUCUGUGAUUAUGUUAACCGGGUUAUCUGCACGGCAUUUCUUCUUGUAGUAAAGAGUUUAUUGUUUGUAGAGGAAACGCCAGGGUUUCAUGUUAUUUAGCCUCCUUAAAAGGGUACACUAAACUAUAGAAAACAAUUUAUUUGAGGAACCAACCUUAUGUUUUGGCCUGGCUAUGCAAAUAGGGCUGUCAAAUGAAUCAAACCAUUUGUGAACA